AUGUCAGAUGAUAAGCCUGAGGGUAGAAAGCGAGGAAAAUUUGUGAGGCAACCCUCAAGCAAGUCUCCGUCGACCAGCUCCCCAGUUGAGGUUGAUGCCGGACCAGGAUCCCCUGUGACAGAGGCGCCAGGAUCCCCCGUGGACGAGGCGUUAUGUGCCGGACCCCAGCUUUACACGAUAAAUUGGCCCGUGGAGAACUGCUGUGCGCACGUUUACAUACUACACGGAUACGCCGAACAUUGCGAGAGGUACAAUGCUUUUUGCGAGACCCUAAACAAGCACAAGAUAUCCGUCGCUACUCACGACCAUGUUGGUCACGGACAAAGUGACGGACACAGAUUUCACGUGGACCGCUUUGACACGUACGUAACCGACGCAAUAGAGUUAAUGAAGGAGCACAGGCGGGAGGUGGGCGAAGAUAAGCCGUUUAUAAUGUUUGGGCACAGUAUGGGUGGGCUGCUAGCUACUCAUUGUAUGUUGCAGGUUCCUCAGCUCUUCACUGCAUGCAUACUUAGUUCUCCUUGUUUGAAGAUCCACGGGAAAUACAACAAGUUACCGUUGCGCGUCGCUGCACGUGCGUUGUCCUGGAUAGCUCCAAGAUUCUACAUUCCCAGUCGCGCCCUAGCACUCGACCCUAAGGACGUGAUCGCAGACGAAAAGGACAGGGAAGGGUACGCGACCGACCCCUUGAUCUGGCACUACCAGAGCAAGCCGGGGUUCACCGUGGCAGUGUUUGAUGCUAUAGACGAGGCACAGAAAAACUUGAUGAAUCUGAAAGUAAAAUGCCUUGUACAGCACGGCACAGAUGACCUGGUGUGUGAUGUGGCGGGGGUUGAACCCUUCAAGCGGAUCCCUGAGGUUGCCCAGCUGAAGCUGUACGAGGGAGCGAGACAUGCUCUCCUGCUGGAUACACAGGAGAUAAGGAAUGUUGUGAUACAGGACUGUUUGGACUUUAUAAACUCGGUUGUGUUUGAUUUUGAGACGUCUUCGUCAUGAGGGGG